UGCCCCCACCCCUUCGCGGGCUAUAUAUAGGGGAGGCGCGGCUAAGCGGUCUCUCUCUCACCGGGCACUCUUUCGAGGCUGAGUCUGGUGAGCUGAGUCGCAGGUCAUGGCUCCUGUUGGAGGGACAGCAAAAGCCAAGAAGGGCAUUUUAGAACGUUUAAAUGCAGGAGAAGUUGUGAUUGGUGACGGAGGAUUUGUCAUUGCUCUUGAAAAGAGAGGUUAUGUAAAAGCUGGACCAUGGACUCCAGAAGCUACAGUAGAACACCCAGAAGCAGUUCGUCAGCUGCACCGAGAAUUCCUAAGGGCUGGAGCAAAUGUUUUACAAACAUUCACCUUUUAUGCCAGUGAUGAUAAAUUAGAGAACAGGGGAAACUAUGUAGCUGAUAAAAUUUCUGGCCAGAAGGUGAAUGAAGCUGCUUGCAAUAUUGCAAAAGAAGUAGCUGAAGAAGGAGAUGCUUUGGUGGCUGGAGGUGUCAGUCAAACACCUUCAUAUCUAAGCAGCAAGAGUGAAGCUGAAAUUAAAUCAAUAUUUCGAAAGCAGCUAAACAUUUUUAUGAAACAAAAGGUGGAUUUCUUAAUUGCAGAGUAUUUUGAACAUGUUGAAGAAGCUGUGUGGGCAGUUGAGACAUUAAAGGAAUCUGGGCUGCCCAUUGCCGCUAGUCUGUGCAUUGGUCCAGAAGGAGACAUGCAUGGUAUAUCACCUGGAGAAUGUGCUGUUCGGCUUGUAAAGGCUGGUGCUUCUAUUGUUGGAGUAAACUGCCAUUUUGAUCCAACCACUUGCCUCAAAACUGUGAAACUCAUGAAAGAAGGUUUGGCAGCUGCUAAACUAAAGGCACAUUUGAUGUCACAACCACUGGCUUUUCAUACUCCCGAUUGUGGAAAGCAGGGUUUCAUUGAUCUGCCAGAAUUUCCUUUUGCUUUGGAGCCAAGAAUCCUGACCAGAUGGGAUAUCCAUAAAUAUGCAAGGGAAGCUUAUAACUUGGGAAUCAGAUACAUUGGAGGAUGCUGUGGAUUUGAACCAUAUCACAUCAGAGCCAUUGCUGAGGAGCUGGCCCCUGAAAGAGGCUUCUUACCACAUGGUUCUGAAAAACAUGGCAGCUGGGGAAGUGAUCUGAGCAUGCAUACCAAACCAUGGGUCAGAGCGAGGGCCAGGAAAGAGUACUGGGAGAAUCUGCUGCCUGCUUCAGGCCGCCCAUAUUGCCCUUCACUGUCAAAACCAGAUGACUGGGGAGUGACCAAAGGAGAUGCGGAGCUGAUACAGCAGAAAGAAGCAACAUCUGAGCAACAGCUAAAAGAGCUGUUUAACAAACAGAAAUUAAAAUCCAAAGUUGUGGCUUAAAUUAUUAGUAAUCCUUAUGUACUGAAAUAAUUACAUUAAUGUAUAAUUGACAUUCAGUGUGGAGAUGAUUAUAGGCAGAAUGUGCUAAUCAUUACUUUAAUGAUAAGUUUAAAGUAUAAUAAACCUUAGCAAUACAAACAUUACACUGUAAUAUUUUGUUUUGUGAAAAAUAUUAUUAGACAUAUAAAUUUAUGUGGAAUUUCAAGCGUUCAGAUGUUAGAAGCAUCCACAAAACACCAAAACAUUUGCAAGUCCCAAUUUAUAGUAUUCGUUGUUCUGAGAAUGUUCACUUUCUUGAGUCCUUUUGAAAUGACUGGGAAAUAAACAUACAUGAAUGGUUAAAUAGACCAAUCAUAGUGUAAAACUAGACACUAAGAGAAUAUGUAUUCACCGAAAUAAAUCUCUCUUCCUCGUAGAUGUCUGUUUCAGCAAUCAGAGUUGCAAAUGAGACUUGUAUACUUUCCAGUGACCACUCACAAAGCAAAGCAUGCUAGAUUUGAGGGAGACCUAUUUUUGAAUUCUGUUAAAUGUGUAAUCUAGUUUGAUACUUAGGCAUACAUCUUCAAAAUAAGCAGAAAGGUCCUGUGGUCUUGUGGAGUUUCUGCCAGAUAUCUUAUGGCCCACCAGCACUCCAUGGUAGAGUAGGAGAUUAGGGAAGGAUUAUUUUACAGUUUUCCUUCAUUUACUUCUGAUGGGAAUGAUGGCUUUGGAGAGGCCAUAUCAGGGAAGCAGGAAGCUUAUGACUAUUUGGAUUUUUAGGUACCCUGCUACAGUCUUAAACAGACCAUGUUUAUGAAAACAAAAUGGUUCAUGUAUAUAUAUUUGAAAUAUGUUUUGCUCAUUUCACUAAAAUUAUCAUUUUGAAAUUGAAUAGAAAACUGAAGAAUCAAGUCAUUUUUAAGUAUGCAGUGGUUUCAUUCACAAUGACUUCAUUACAGUCCAUUCCAGUAUCUCACUGAUGCACAAAUCGGGUAACUCAGAUGAUUUUCCUCACAUCUUUGUUCCUAUAGUGAAGCCUCAGUGGGCUUUAGUGCCAGCUCUGAAAAUGAACUCUACAUACCAAUGGGGAACUGAGGUCUUAUGUUAAAAUAUAAACAAGUUAAAUACUCUUGAAUGUUGCUAUCUUUCAUUAAUAUCCAGUAAAUAACAUAUGAGACUCCAUAUGUAGACUGAAAAUUGUUCUUUAUUAAUAUCAAUAAAGAUUUGUAAAUUGAAUAAC